GCCAGCGGGCGGAGUCGGAAGCAGAAGUGAGCGUCGGUCCGUCCGGUCUGUUCUUCCGCGGCUUCUUCUCCGCGUCCGUCGUCGGAUCCUCCUGGAGCGACUUUUGGUCCACGUCACGGCAGAGCAGCGAGCUUUGGGAAGGACGCCACUGAAGGCGGGAAGGGAUCCUGCCAGCCAGCCUGCUCGUCCGCCCGGCGAGGCUUCACAAUCCGCACGGAGGCCCGCCGAGUGUCGCAGCCUGCCGCAGGCCUCCGGCGCAGAGUGGUGGAAAUGGACGCCUUCAGCGGAAGUUUGGAUGACAGCAUGUCGGGAGUGAGCGUUUCAGAUGUCAACGAUCGAUUGUGCGCUCUGGAGCUUCGUGUCCAGCAGCAAGAAGACGAGCUGACUGUGAUGAAAGCUGCUCUCGCUGAUGUUCUUCGUCGUUUGGCAGCUUCUGAAGAAUCUGCUGCCUCCGCUAAGAAGCAUCAGACAGGGAAAGCUUUCUCCAACUCGUGCAUCACAAAUGGAGGAACGUCUGGACGAAAGAGAGACUCCACCUCCGUCACCAGGAAGGAAACUCUGUCGUCCGCCGCCAAGAGUGACAUGAAGAAGGAGGCCAGCAGCCAGAGGUCUCAGAUGGAGGAGAUUCAUGAGCAGGAGGAAGCUCCGCACCCAAAGGACCAGCCCCCUCCCCCGCCCCCCCACCCUCCCUCAACAGCACAAACUCCCCAGAGACCAACGCAGCAAACGGUGGACAGUAGUAAAGGCCAAGCUCCCCCUAAAAGGGGUCCCAGCGUGAAGCGCUCUUCAGGCAUCGAACGUUCACAAAGUAGCACCUGGGACACGUCUGAUGAGCACAGAAGCAAACUGGUGAAAGCUGCAUCUACGUCCAAACUGCUGGCCAAGGUGGUGAAGAAUGCUGACAGGCACAAAGAGCUGGUGGUGAGUCAAGCCAAAAUGUCAACCCGAGAGAAAAACAGCCAAGCCGAGGGCAACCAUAUCAAGAUGUUCAUGCGUGGUCGUCCCAUCACCAUGUUCCUUCCCUCAAAUGUGGAAAACUACGAGGAAGUUCGCACUGAGCUUCCCUCUGAGAAACUGAAGCUGGAAUGGGUGUAUGGCUACCGCGGCAGAGAAUGUCGAGCAAACGUCUACCUGCUUCCCACCGGAGAGAUCGUCUACUUCAUCGCCUCGGUGGUGGUCCUGUUCAACUACGAGGAGCGGACUCAGCGACAUUACAUCGGUCACACCGACUGCGUCAAGUGCCUCGCCAUUCAUCCCGACAAGAUCCGCAUUGCCACGGGCCAGAUAGCGGGCGUGGACAAAGAUGGACGGGCCCUGCAGCCGCACGUGCGAGUGUGGGACAGUGUGAGUCUGUCCACUCUGCAGAUCAUCGGCGUUGGAACGUUUGAGCGAGGCGUCGGCUCGCUGGCCUUCUCCAAAGCAGACUCUGGUCAGCAUCUGAGUGUGAUUGACGACUGCAACGACCACAUGUUGACAGUUUGGGAUUGGCAGAAGAAGUCAAAGAUUGCAGAGAUAAAGACCACCACUGAGGUGGUCCUGGAUGUGGAGUUCCACCCCACUGACCCAAACACCAUCAUCACCUGUGGCAAGUCCCACAUCUUCUUCUGGACCUGGACCGGGACUUCCCUGGCUCGUAAACAGGGCAUCUUUGGGAAAUACGAGAAGCCAAAGUUCAUUCAGUGUCUGGCCUUCCUCAACAAUGGAGACAUUCUGACCGGAGAUUCUGGCGGAGUCCUCCUCGUCUGGACCAGGAACUCCGCAGAGACACCCACUGGGAAAGGACCAAGGGCAUUUCAGAUUAGUCGUCAGGUCAAGGGUCACGAGGGCAGUGUGUUCUGCAUGUGUGAAAUGAGGAGCGGCACCCUGCUGACCGGAGGAGGAAAAGACAGAAAGAUUAUUCUGUGGGACCAUGAAAUCAGAGCAGAGCGUGAUAUUGAGGUUCCGGAUCAGUACGGAACCAUCAGGGCCGUAUCUGAAGGGAAGGGGGAUGAGUUUCUGGUGGGGACGUCCCGUAAUUUCAUACUUCGAGGAACUUUUAACGAUGGCUUCAUGGUGGAGGUCCAGGGUCACACAGAUGAGCUGUGGGGGUUGGCGUCCCACCCGUCACGAGAACUGUUCUUAACGUGCGCUCAGGACCGCCUGGUGUGUCUGUGGAACUCCACCGAUCACAGUCUGCAGUGGAGCAGGAGCGUGGAGGAACACGGACACUGUGCAGACUUCCAUCCCAGUGGAGCAGUCGUCGCCAUCGGGACGCAUUCAGGAAAGUGGUAUGUUCUAGACGCCGAGACCACCGACCUGGUGGCCAUUCACACCGACGGCAAUGAGCAGCUGUCAGUCAUGCGCUUCUCUGUCGAUGGCGCUCUCCUGGCUGUAGGAUCUCAUGACAACUUUAUUUACGUGUACAGCGUUUCGGAGAGAGGACGCAAGUACAGCCGCUACGGCAAAUGCUCCGGUCACUCCAGUUACAUCACACACCUGGACUGGUCACCUGACAACAACUUCAUCAUGUCCAACUCCGGAGACUACGAGAUUCUUUACUGGGAUGUUCCCAAUGGCUGCAAACUGAUCAGAAAUAAAUCUGAGUGUAAAGACAUCGACUGGGCAACUUACACCUGCGUGCUGGGAUACCACGUGUUUGGCGUGUGGCCGGAGGGAUCAGACGGGACCGACAUCAACGCCCUCAUCAGGUCCCAUAACAGGAAGGUGAUUGCGCUGGCAGAUGACUUCUGUAAAGUUCACCUGUUUGCUUACCCGUGCUCUACUGCCAAGGCUCCCAGCCACAAGUACAGCGCCCAUAGCAGUCACGUGACCAACGUCAGCUUCCUGUUCAACGACAGUCACCUGAUCUCAACAGGCGGGAAGGACACCAGCAUCAUGCAGUGGCGACUGGUCGAGAAGUCGGCCCUCACGCUGCCUGACAGCCUUGCCUGCCCCACACCCCCUCGGGCGGACCCCGUCUCCAGUCCCGCCAAAGACGCCACCCCUCCCCCGACGGCCAACGGGGCCCAAGAGUUGUCGUCAGAAACCCCCUCGCCCGCUGAGUUAGUACUGCCCACCGCAGAAUUAACGCCGCCUCCUUCCGAGGUGACUCCGCCCCCUUCUGACAGUACGGUAAGUUUGAAGGACAGCUUGGACCCCAGCGAUGACACGGCCACGCCCAGUGACGAGGGGCUGCCUCCCCUCACGCUCCCUACAUAGAGAGAGAGAGUUGGACACAGUUGGAGAAGUUUUACCGAGACACGUAUUCCUCUCCAAUUUCAAAAGAAUCGUUUUAACGGCUCAGAUUCGAUGAACAGGGAUUUUUACAAUUCUCCAACACGACUCUUAAUUCAUUAUUUUCUUCAGCCAAAGCGAGAAUGCCUUCCUGUGCAUUUUUUAAUUUUAAACGUCAGAAGAGUUUGUGGUUGGUCAGCGUAUUUGUAAGACAUUUCGUGUUUGCUCCAAAGUAAUCCCUCACUGUAGACUGCAGGCUACAUAAACUACCAAAACUGUGACUAACAACGUUGAGGGGAAACUGAAGUGUGUUUUCGUUCGCAGUUAAGCGUUAAAGACAGUCGGCCAAUCAGGAGAGAGUAUUCCUGGUGGACUCAUCUGAUUGGUUGAAGUUACCUCUGGACCGUUUAUCUUCAAAAUGUCCUUUCUGCCUUUCUAAAACUCUUUUUUGUUUGUUUGUUUGUUUUUGUACGCUGGUGUCCGAAGUGCCACACAUCAAGCUGGAUGUUGAUGGAGGGGGUGGGGCUAGGACUGCUCUCUUGAGGGAACUUUCUGGAUUCAAAUGUAUGUGACGUUACGUUAAUGUUCAAGUGAGCCAUUCUUGUCUUCUGUCAUGCAUUCCUGUACAAGAUGGUGGACCGUGGAUGCAAAUAAAAACGGAUGACAAAUUUGA